AUGAAAUUGAGGAUUGGUAGCGUGCAGACUGUUUAAGGAAAUGAAACCAGAGACGACUACAGAGAGACAUUUCGAUGUCAGUAAGGAUCAGAAAGUACUGGAAUUACAGAGAAGAAUUUGCAGUCGAACAAACACCAAUAAAGAGAUGACACAGCAAUAUUUGGAAGGAAGGGAAGUUGCUCUGGAGAAUCAGCUGUUAUUAUAUAAAAUGGAUGAGAAAGGAACUGGUUGUGAGUCAGCGCAGAAUAAACAAAUUAAAGUGAAUGUUGGAUGUGGAGUUGCAAAUAAAAGAGAAGGAUGGAAGGCGGAUGAGUCACUGAAAAUUUUGGAAGACAAUGUAAUUAAUUUAAUCGAAGCUGAGAUCAUGUCAAUGGGAACGGAUAUUCAGUGGACGGAUAUAUGUGGUUUGGAGCCGGCAAAAAAAGCACUUAGAGAAAUUAUCGUUCUUCCGUUUCUCAGACCUGACAUUUUCAAGGGUAUACGUGCACCACCUAAAGGUGUGUUGCUUUUCGGACCACCUGGUACUGGCAAAACCAUGAUUGGACGAUGUGUUGCAUCGCAAUGUAAAGCAACAUUUUUCAAUAUAGCCGCAUCGUCUAUUACGUCAAAAUGGGUUGGUGAAGGUGAAAAACUUGUUAGGGCUCUUUUUGCGAUAGCACGGGUUUUACAGCCUUCUGUGAUUUUCAUUGAUGAAAUUGAUUUUUUGCUUAAAAGUGGCAAUGAGAGUGAGCAUGAGUCAUCAAGACGAAUAAAGACUGAAUUUCUUAUCCAUUUGGAUGGUGUUGCAACUACCUUUGAUGAAAGAAUCCUUAUUUUAGGAGCUACAAACAGACCUGAGGAAUUGGAUUCAGCUGUUAAACAUCAUUUUGCGAAACGUCUGUACAUUGGUUUACCAUCUGAUGCUGCAAGAGCACAAAUGAUUCUCUUACUUCUCAGCGAUCAAGAACAUAAUCUUUCGGAUAGCGAUGUACAGUCCAUAGCGAAAUUAACAGGCGGCUAUUCUGGAGCAGAUAUAAAACAACUGUGCUCCGAAGCAGCAAUGAUUCCAGUUCGUAAUAUUGUUGAUUCAUCCUCACUUGAUCUUGUUUCUAUCAGCGCUGAAGAGAUCCGUCCAAUCUGUUUUUCGGAUUUCGAAGUAGCAAUGCGUUCUGUUCGCCCAACGGUUGUUGCAGAGGAUUUAGAAGGACAUAAUUAUGUUUUGCAUUUGAAGUUGGGAUUGUCAGAAUUAAAUUAUGGUGGAGCAAAACGAAUGAGAAAAUUAUCGGUCGCAGCUUAA